GUCAAACAACGCAGACGCCAUCUUGACAGCACCCUCAAAAUGGCAGAAAGAUGUGAGCGAGAAACCGAGUCCAAACUAAGAUCUCGGCGCUCUGCUAUUUAAAACCAGACGGAACAGUUUUUCCAACCACGAGUGGUUAUGGAGUUGGUGUCCGGCGCGGCAGCACACAGCCUUUAAAAAUGGAUAUAUCGACGGCGGUUUUCAACGCGGCCAGAGAUGGUAAGCUGAAACUUAUCCAGAAGUUGCUGAGCAACAAAACUCCAGAGGAGCUGGAGGCUUUGGCUGAGGAGAAAACACAGGGAGGAACCCCUCUGCUGAUAGCCUCUCGAUACGGACAUUUAGAGGUUGUAGAUUACCUCCUUGAACAUUGUAAAGCAAAUGUUGAACUCGGGGGUUCGGUUAACUUUGACGGCGAGACCAUUGAGGGAGCUCCGCCGCUCUGGGCGGCUUCGGCAGCCGGUCACCUCCCUGUGGUCAAAACGCUACUAAAACACGGUGCCUCAGUGAACAAUGCAACACUAACUAACUCAACGCCGCUCCGAGCUGCCUGCUUUGACGGGCACCUGGAGAUCGUCCGCUACCUGGUGGAGCACAGAGCUGACAUGGAGGUCGCCAACCGCCACGGCCACACCUGCCUCAUGAUCUCCUGCUACAAGGGCCACAAGGAGAUAGCCAAGUUCCUCCUGGACCGUGGUGCUGAUGUUAACCGUAAGAGUGUGAAAGGAAACACUGCCCUUCACGACUGUGCUGAGUCAGGUAGUCUGGACAUCAUGAAGAUGCUGCUAAAGUGCAAUGCCCGCAUGGAGAGAGAUGGAUAUGGAAUGACCCCACUCCUGGCUGCAAGUGUAACAGGUCACACCAACAUUGUGGAGUACCUUGCCCACCAGCCUCGUACCUCCAGAGAGGAGCGCAUUGACGCACUUGAGCUCCUUGGGGCUACUUUUGUGGACAAAAAGCGUGAUCUGUUGGGCGCCAUGAGGUACUGGAGGAGGGCAAUGGAGCUGAGGCAGCCAGGGGAAAAGGCUGGAUCUCUUGCCAAACCUCCACCUGGUCCCCCAAUUCCUGCCUAUGGCUGCGCGCAGGAGGUGUGCACUGCAGAGGAACUCGAAGCUUUGAUCACUGACCCGGAUGAGAUGAGGAUGCAGGCCCUGUUGAUUCGUGAGCGCAUCCUGGGUCCAUCCCAUCCAGACACAUCUUAUUACAUCCGCUACAGGGGAGCUGUGUACGCUGACUCGGGCAACUUUGAACGCUGCAUAAGUCUGUGGAAGUACGCUUUAGACAUGCAGCAAAGCAACUUGGACCCUCUCAGUCCUAUGACAGCCUCAAGUUUUCUGUCUUUUGCAGAGCUUUUUUCUUUUGUUCUCCAAGACCGGGCAAAAGGCUCGCUGUCAACACGCGUCACCUUCCAUGAUCUUAUGACAGUGUUGGGAAAAAGCGUGAGGGAGGUGGAGAGAGCUGUGGCACAGAGGGAUAAUCCUCCAGAAGCCCCUCAGUUCACUAAGGCCCUCUCCAUCAUCCUUCACCUCAUUUUUCUACUGGAGAAGCUCGAGUGCAGCCCAGAGCAGGAGCACCAGAAGAAGCACACAGUGUACCGACUUUUAAAGCUGAACCCUCGAGGUCGAAGUGGCUUCACUCCCCUCCACAUGGCCGUAGACAAGGAAACCACAUCGGUCGGCCGCUACCCGGUGGGCCGCUUUCCCUCCCAGGCAGUGGCUGCGCUGCUCCUAGAGUGUGGAGCAGAUGUCGAUUCGCGUGACUCUGAGAACAACACACCAUUGCACAUUGCUGCUAACAAUGGUUGUCCAGAGAUUAUGGCGCUGCUAAUGAAGGCUGGGGCUCACUUUGAUGCCACAAAUGCACAGAGGAAGACGGCCUAUGAGCUGUUGGAUGAGCACAGCAGCGGGCACCCCGCCUUCUAUCCACUGAACUACGUCACCCUUCAGUGCCUGGCAGCACGUGCAAUUGAAAAGCACAGACUACCCUACAGGGGACUCAUCUCUGAGGAGAUGGAGGCUUUCAUUGAGCUGCAUUGACUUCAACUUCUGUCCCCUGAAGAGGCAUCCCUACACUACUCUUCCCGUUCUCGCUCAUUCUUUACUGUGACCUGACACAAACUUUUGCUUACUCAAGUCUCCUCUUGAUUUCUGCCGCCCUCCUGGCUGUCACCAACCUUUUGUCAGACCAAACCAUAGCAAUAAACAUCCAGCCUCUGGGCUUAAAUGUCUGGCUGAGGUCUGGUCAGUUGCUUUAUUCUAACGCAGACUUUUAAAGUGAUUGUUGCUUUCUACUGCUACUUAAUGCUGGGUGAAUCUUUAAUGUCAUAUAGACUAUUAGACUAUAUGAUGUUAGAUAGACUAUGUCUUUCCUCUUAGCUUCCCCAUCUUAAAAAAAGGGAGAGGUACUACAUGAUAGGGUUUGUGUGGGUUUGCUGGUGGCUGAACUGUAUGAGAGAUGAGAUUGCUCUUACUGACACAAAGCAUCUGAUCAAAGGAGCCACAUAACAUGCAUGAAAAUGAAGUGUGACUGUGGUAGCUCACUUGUUUAGCAAAUUCAUUCAGAAAGGAAAUAUUUGAACAAACUCAACGACUUGCUGGCAGUUUGUUUUUGGUUUUUUUUGUUUUUUUUUUGUCGCUUGGUUUUACUUGUUCACAUUCAGUGUACCAUCUGUUAUGUUUCUCUGACGCCGGGAAGGUGUCGAAAGUACUGUGCCAAACAUUCUGUUACAAAGUGUAAACUGGUGGCAAAAUGAAAAAGCAAUGAAUUUUUCUUUCUGAUUAUAAGCAAAAGUAAUAAUAUGAAGUGCAGACCUGAACGACUGAGUUUGAGGAGAACAGUAACUGGACUGUGACAGCAUUUGUCAGUCUGCGGUACCAUUACUUUUACACUUUUAUGAGACUAAGUAUGAGGGUGUCACUUUGACUUAGUAAAAAGAGACAGGUGCCAUUGUUUAACACUCCCCAGUCUCCAAACAAUAUAACCUAUGCAGCUGUUAUUAUUCCAAAAAUUGUGAAGCUCAAAGUUACUGCAUAAAUAGGCUUUACAUGGUGUGUUUUUCCCCUCAGUUGUACAUGCUUAUCCUAACAUGAUAACAUAAAUGAUUGGGGGUGCUUCUUUGACAAUAAUUUGGGAUCUUCUGAAUACAUAAUCUAGGAAUGUCUUCUUAUUUUCUGCCUAUGUCUGAAUGAACAGUUUCAAACGGAGCCUAACGUGUGCCUACAUGCGUGGGUCCACAACAAAGACAUCCAAGUUAAUGUGAAAGAAGCAGCUUCAUGACUUUGGUGUGGACAGCAGCAGACCUUUGGAUCUGCUGUUUCUCCAUUAAAAAUGCACGAAUCAA